UUUUGGGGUCCAGGCAUCCCGCUGUUUGUUUGGGGAGGGGGCUCCUGGCGGGUGCUCCUCCCACCCCAAGGGCAAGAAGCGGUGGCUGUGCUCUGCUGGACUUCAGACCAAGUGCCUUCCCCGCCCACCAGGUGCCUCCCCCCGCCCGUCCCCAUGGAGUGAGAGCACACGGGGGUCUCUGCAGCGGCGCAGCCCCCGCCCCGCUGGGAGGAAAGCUGGAAGGCACCGCAAAUAUGAGCGACUUCUGGCACAAGCUGGGCUGCUGCGUCGUGGAGAAACCACAGCCUAAGAAGAGGAGGAGACGGAUCGACCGCUCCAUGAUUGGCGAGCCCAUGAACUUUGUGCACCUGACACACAUCGGCUCCGGAGACAUGGCUGCGGGCGAGGGGCUGCCCAUGACGGGCGCUGUGCAGGAGAUGAGGUCCAAAGGCGGACGGGAGCGGCAGUGGAGCAGCUCCCGUGUGUUGUAGCAUUAUUCUUGGCUCUUUCAGCCCAAACUUGAACUGCCUGAUCCCCACACACCGGAGGAAAAGCCAACCUCGAGCGCUUGAUUCCCGUGGUAACUUAUGCAGGCGGAGCCUGACGGCCAUCCCAGCAGCUCUGGGUCACCCCCCACAGAUCCCCCCCUUCCGGGGCACCGGGCCAGCAAUGCAGGGGACAGCAGAGCAGCCCAGCCCACACCGGGAGACGCCGUGCACAGCCACGAUGUGCCAAAUCCUCCCCCUUCUCCCUUUCCUCACACCCCAGCUGGCACUGCUGUCUCCCACGGGCCCAUCUCGGUGCUGCCCCCCACACCUCAGUUUCCCCAUCGGACAGCAGCAGGGCGGGUUGUGCUGCAGGGGCUGAGCUGGGGAGGUGUUACAGAGCCUUAGAGCCCCAGCGUUGGGCAUCCUGCAGCUCCAGCACCGCCACCGAGCCUGCAUUUCUUCCAGCCUUCAACCGGCAUCACCGCCAGCAAACCUCCGCCUUCCUUCUUUUGUAGGAGAUUUUUUUGUUUUGUUUUUUUU